AUGAAGCGUGCAUCACGGGCCCUGGUAGCUUACUCUAGCUCAGAAGACGAGGCUCUAGCCGACGGUCCAGAGAGAAAGAAGAAGAAACUGCCGUCUCUUGCAUCAUCCAUCAUCGUACCAGUACCCGUCGAUGACCCUACUCUUCAUCAAGGACGAGUUCGUGCAACCCCACACGUAGAGGGCCAAUAUGCCGCAUAUGUUUACAUUCCCCUCGUCGUGCACCCUGGAACUGCAUUAUACUCAUUGGUCGAUGAAGUACUUAAUGUCACCAAGGAAAUGGUCCCGGCCGCUCAUGUCAUAGGGGAAAUUGUCUCAUGUAGUCGAAAUAGUGGUGGCUUGGUAGUCAAUAGCUCUCGCAAGGUGCGGGAGCUGCACUUGUCAUUGACUCGACCGAUAUUUCUACGCGCCCACCAAAGAGAAGAGUUCAAACAAGCCAUAAAGCGGAUUGCUUCACGCCGAACCCCUUUUCAGGCUUCAUUUGCAACGUUUUCGGAACUUACAAACGAUGAGCGAACGAGGGCGUUCCUUUCCCUCGAGGUGGGAGCCGGUCAUAAUGAACUGAGAGAAUUGCUAUCCGCACUGUCGCCGACCCUUCAGUCCCUGCGUCAACGAGAUUUUUAUAGCCAACCACGAUUCCACGUUUCAAUAGCAUGGGCUCUUCUGGACCUUGACACGUCAGUAAACGGAGACGCCAACACCAAAAGACAUCCUUGCGCUUAUGAAGGGGUCACAGCAGUGGAAGGCACAUCGGACAACAACUUGUCCAGUAACGGGGACAUCGGGGAAUCUAAUAAACAUUUUCAGGCCGAGUAUUUUCCGCGUGUUCCGCACCUUCCAUCCAAGCUGAUCCCGACGCUAAACCAGCGAUUUGGUGCUAGAGUCUCAUCUGCCCACAUCGGAAGGUUCGACGUGGAUACUAUCGUAGUGAAGAUCGGAAAGGACAUCUUUUCGUGGCCAUUUCAAGGCUCUCACGCCAAUUUAGUCAGUUCAUAA